CACACAGGCCCCCCUCAGUCGACACAGUCAGAGAAGGGAGAGGGCCGUGAAAACUAGGGCACAGCUAAACUGACCCCUUUCCCUCAAACUAGAGGCACACAUCCAACAGAGAGAGAGAGAGACAAAGAGUGAUAGGGUGUAGGCUGGGGAAGAGAGAGACAUUUGUGGACGGCUGUGUUGGCUGUUAAGGAGUGAAGCCCGCGAAAAUCCACCACCGACGCCUCCACAAGUUUGUUGUCCCUUCAAGUCUGAUCCAAGCGAGGACCUCGGUGCUACGCAUUUCUUCUUCUUUGGACAUCUUCUUGUCAGUGUUUCCACGUACAAACUACACCAUGCACAAACGUACGAAGGUGAAGAUCACCUUCUUUGUGAUCCUGGUGGGUAUGGCGUCCAUGUUUACGGCGGUGGUGACGGACCAUUGGGCCGUGCUGAGCCCGCGGGUGGAGCAGGUGAACGCGACGUGUGAAGCGGCCCACUUUGGCCUCUGGAGGCUGUGUAAGAAGGCCAUCUACAUCAGUGAGGCGGACUACAAUGGAAAGGGUUGUGGCCCCAUCAGCUUACCUGGAGCGGAGAACUGCACUUACUUCAAACACUUCACUCCAGGGGACGAGUCUGAGAUUUUUGAAGUCAAAACCCAGAAAGAGUACAAUAUCUCGGCAGCGGCCAUCGCCAUCUUCAGCCUGGCCUUUAUGAUCCUGGGCACCUUGUGUCUCAUGUGCUCCUUCAAGAAGGGGAAUGACUACAUCCUUAAACCUGCCGGAAUGUUCUUCGCUUUUGCAGGCCUGUGCGCCGUCAUCUCAGUGGAGGUGAUGCGUCAGUCGGUAAAGCGGAUGAUCGAGAGCGAGGACACCAUCUGGAUAGACUACUCCUACUCCUGGUCCUUUGCCUGUGCCUGCGCUGGCUUCUGCCUCCUCUUCCUCAGUGGCCUGGGCCUCCUCCUGCUCUCCAUGCCCCGCAUGCCCCAAAACCCCUGGGAGUCCUGCAUGGACGCUGAACACGAAGUGGAGUAAUAGACAGAGGGAUGAGAGGAAGAAGAGUGACACUUUCUUUAAAAGCAAUACGAUCACGAUCAAGAUCAACUUUGUGUCGUUCUAUAGUGGAACCAGAGGGUUCUUUCACACAGUGCUUGGGAGCAGUCCAAUGUACCGAAUGAAAAAUACAAGUUAAAUGGGUUUCCAUCGCAUUUUCAACUCUAAUGACGACAAAAAAUUGUUGCAUUAUAUAGCAAAUAUGCCGAUCUGGUCUUGGCACGUGCCCUCGAACCAACACGUCGCAGAUACAGUGCGGGUAGGCUACCUACAUUUUAAGAUUAUUAUGGAUAAGAGCGAUACAAUUUUUAUUUGUCAAAUGGCACUUUCACGACCAUGUGAAUCUCAUAACUUAUUCCGUCUGUAGCCUAAUAAACUGCAUGCUUUCCCAAGUCAUAGUGGGAGGACUACACAACAUACAGUAUCAUCGUGUGACUCCCAAGUUUACUUCGAUAUGAUGGUUAUUAUAUACACAUUUGCAGAUGAAGGCAUUUCCACCACCAUUUCUCACAUAAUUCAUUUCUGACACAAAAACAUCCCACCAUGUCCAACGAGCAAAUUGUCUGUUUUAUAAAAUUGUAGAGGCAUUAUUUGUUUCCAUCAGCCCAGUCAUGACUUUUUUCAAGUGUCAGGUAAUUCAUCAGCAUGAAAUGGUUGGUUGGAAACCUGGUUAAUUACACAUUUUCACAUGUUAUUUAAUGGUAUAAAUAGUAAUGGAUUGACAUUUAACCUAUGCAUUCACCUUUUCUGUACUGUGUGUUUUGUAUGAUAAUUAUGUACAUAAGUCAAUCAAUUUAUAACUGAGAUGGUUCUCCUGUUAUUUUCAGUGCAUCAAGCACUUGCAUUGAAUUUAUGUCAAAUUCAGGCAAGAUUAAGCUAAACCAGGAAAUUGUUAGUGUCAGAUGCCAAAUUAUUACGUCAUGAUUAAGUAUUUAAUAGUAUUACAACUCAUUUAAAAAAAGUAUUCACAGCAUACAUAACACUAAUUGUGAUGUAAAGAAGUGUUAUCAAAAUGAUCUGUUUUAAUUCUAGAAUUUAGGUCAUGUUAGACAGAGUGAAAAAAUAUAUAUUUUCAGUUUUCAAACAGACUUACUUUUAUAAGAAUAAUACAUGGGUGUGACAGUAAAUUGGAGAAGCAAAUAAUGCUGUCUGGUGGGUUUAGUGUGCAUACCAAUGCAGAAUGCUAAACACCAACAGUCUCUGAACCACUGAAUGUGUGGGUUGCCAUGAUGGAAAAAGUUCAGUUCUAGCAGGUGUACACGAAACACUAAAAACCUCCCAAUUUCUCUUUUUUGAAUAUAUAUAUUUUUUAGAGCUGAGCACAUGGCAGCCCAAUUUCUUUGACUAUUUGAUCCCAUUCAAUUUAGGGGAACCAAGCGCUCUAUUUUUAAUCAAGGUAUAAUUUUCUGAUUUUAGUUAGUGUCUGAUGCAUUUAACUUAGAUCUCACAAGGUAUUCAGUAGCCAACACUUUCAGGGUCUUUCAGUUCAAAUGGUCAGGGAAAAACUCAGAGCCUUAAUAUGUACCAUCUAGAUCCAGUAUACGGCUUUAAUAUAUAUAUAUAUUUUUUCCUAAUGUCGUCUUUUCAGCCAAACUAAACUGGACUGCUCUCUCAUGUUACCGUUCAUCUUUGGCUUCUAUGGACAGGCAGGAAUUAGGUGUACAUUCUUUCUGUUAUGGAUGAUACUGCUUUUGUAUUUACUCAGUGGAAGUGUUAAACUAGGAUUCUUUUUGAUAAGCUUUGAUAAUCUCAAAACAAGCUUGAGCUAAGACCAUUACUUUCCCCAUUUGAUAUUUGAUUGAAUAGAUGAGGGCAGUUGAUAAAGGUAUUGGCACUAUCGUACUUAAACGCUACAUAAGACCUCAUGAAUGUAGCAGAUUAAAACUUGCUUAGCCAUGUCAUCCGUCCUUGCCUGUUAGAACCAGCUUUUGGUAUGCAAUGAUGGAUUACAGUAGAGUGGUUGUCUUUAGCUCUGUGUACAUGUUAUAACCAUAAAACCAUGCAUUUCUAAUGAAAAUAAAUUCACUGAUAUCUAGCUUUGAUGAAAGCCAGUUUCCUGCAUCUUUUAAAAAUUUAAUUAGGCAAGUCAGUUGAGAACAAAUUCUUAUUUACACUGACGGCCUAGGAACAGUGGGUUAACCGUCUUGUUCAGGGGCAGAAUGACAGAUUUUUACCUCGUCAGCUCAGGGAUUUGAUCCAGCAACCUUUUGGUUACUGGCUCACUACUCUAACCACUAGGCUACCUGCCGCUCUCUUUCAUCCUUGUCUCCUGUAUACAAGACACCUGGGUCGUGUUCAUUUAGGCACAAAACGGACUACCUGGACUUCCCCAAUAAGAAAGGCUAAUUUGGUUCUUGGUUGCAAAAGGUUUUCCUUUGCGUGUCCCGAUGAACACAAACCUGCGGUGAGGAAAAAAGCCUUGCAGCAUGGUCAAAGAGGGGAUUUGUGAAAUGGUUACUGUUGCUGGAAACCCUGCCGGGAACCUGCGCUGGUCACUGGCAGGAAUGACAGCAUGGUCUGUGGAAGCGUCCCCUCACUGUGUGUGUAGGGGGAUGAUGAAAGAGGAGCAAGAGCACCCUCCCUGUCCUUCCCCACAUCAGAAAGAGUCCAGGCUAUUGAACCAGACAUUUUCAGUCUACGCUCCCUUGGUGGGUUAAUUUAGAUUCCAAAAACUCACAGCCGGAGUUAGUUUGGUGGCAGAGAAGGUGGAAGAGAGGGAGCAACCGCAUGGAGAAUGGAUCAAAAAUAGAAACAUUGAGGAAAAUACUUCAGAGCUCCCUCGGUUGAUUCUAAGCCAAUAGUAGCAUCAAAUGCACAAGACGCAAGUCUAUUUUCCUUGGGUCUUGAGUGCAACCUGUUGGGGUACUGUAAACCACUAGCAGCAGUUAUGGGUAGGAUAAACCGGUCCCAAGACGGAUACAGUGUUGGGGUUGUGUUCCUCAGGGGCCACAUGACUUCUGAGUGAGAUAACGACAAGUCAUAACUUCAAUGGCAAACAAGACACCCAGCGACUUAAUGAGAGUAAAGUCAGUUGCGUAACCCUUCGUGUUCCUUUUGGGAUAUUGAGCCACAUGGUGUGCACUUCCUUUCCACAGGGAAAUCACUCUACCUCAUCCAAUCCAACAAUUGAAGUAUGUCUCUGCAAUAACAACAAGAGUAACUGAUUCAAUAAGACACUUUAAUAGAGAAACACAUUUUAAAAAAAUAAUAAAAAUUAAAUAAAACCUUUGAAACAAAGUCUAAAUCCUUUAUUAUGACCACCACCAAUUGAAUUGAAAAGAGUGAAAGGGAAAUAUUCAUCAUUAUGUAGCCCACCUGUGUGGAUCCAGUGGAGGGAUAACAGUUAACAGGCGUGCCAUUGAUUUACUGUGGGAGGGGAAGAAAGAGACUGGAGACAAGAUGGAUGACAACAGGAGAUGUGGUUUUACAAAUGGCUGAACACAGUGCUCUCUACUGGCUGGGCAAAAGGCUGCUCCCACCACAAAAACCAUCCGUUCAAGUUAAGGUUGUUUUACGAAAGCAACGUGAGGAACCUUCAUAAGCCACUUACACGCAAGAAUAUGUGACUGGGUCUGGGUGGAGGCUAACUGACAUUCAAACUUGGUUGUCUACAAACAAAAUUAAAAGCUUCAGUCUCGAUGCAAAGUCAGUCAGGUCAAGUCAUGACACGGCACAAAAUGGAGAUUUUGAUAGUGAGUAAGCAAUAAUAAAGGCCCGAAAAAGGCCCGGUAUGGACACAAGCACAGACCUUGUAUUACUUACUCCUGGACAAGAUUGUUAAGAACAAUCGCUUACGGUUUGGAUUUUACACAAAUACAGAUCAGAUACUGCAGAAAUUGUGAGGAAUAAGUCAGGCAAGAUAACCAACAACUAAUUUGCGGAAAACUGAUUCAAAUUUGAUUUCCACUUCUUUGUAAAGACGUUCAAAGCUUAUAAUAAUGUGCCCCGUGUGGCUGGGAGCAACUUUUGCCCAGCAAAAUAAUUUGGAGGAAAAACAACUCUUACAUGAGCAUUACAUCUUCAAUUCAUUCAUCUCCAAUUCAUUGACAUGUUAGUAAAAUAUCAUACUUUUUUGUUAAUGUCACAAGUCAUUGUACAGAUCAAAUAAUAUACCAAAAUGUUACUUGGUAGGGAGAGAACAAAAACAUUUUUUAUUGUUGUUGCACAAAUCAAUAAACUAUUUGAUAAAAAUCGGGGACAUAAACAAGCCAUGUCAUCUUGGCAUGCACAGAAUGAAUGUACAGUCUUACAUGAAAAAUAAUUGUCGAACCACAAAGCACCGCUGAAAUUAAAAUAUCUUUUAAAUGGAUUUAGCAGAAAAACUGAACCAAGGACAAAUAAUUCCUGCAACAUUGCUUUUAAAAAUAAGUAUUCUACAGUAAAAUAACAUUUUAUAUGCCUGCAACAAAAACACUUUGUAAAAGCAGCCAGACACCAUCUUAUAAAAAUGAAUUUAAAAAGUUAUAUUACUAUAAGAUGCUGUGACUGCCAACACGGUCCAUGUCCAUUUUUGUGAGUUGAUUUUGUGAAUUUGCAUAAUUAAAAAGGGCAUACCUCUUCUUUUAAACAGCUUCUACAAAAUUGAGGCACUCCCUAAACCUUGUUUGUUAAUACCUAGAAAAUGCAUAUUUACAAGUAUGUUUUUUGUUGUGAUGAACCUAAAAUUCACAACCUCUUGAAUCUGGACCUUGGAAAAUUCAAAUAAACUGAAGUCCCACGUAAAUGUUUUGAAUGAUUGUUUCAACUAUGUUUAAGAGAUGUUUUUCAUUCCAACUAGAUUUGUUUCCUGAAUAGCUGACAGCAAUGUUUGACUCUUAAAAAAAAAAAAAAAAAAAUUAAACUUCUGAUUGACGGGCUCAUACAUUAAAAUGAAUGACUAAAUAGUUACAUAAAAUGUACCAGUUAGAAUCCAAGGGUAUUUUAUUAAAAUAUACUGAAACAUACGAUUAAUCAAUUAAAAAUAAAUGAAUAAUGAAAAGUUGAGAGAAGAUGGUUUCCAGUAAAUGUGAUAACAGUGGCUAUUACACACAAAAAAUAAUCUACCAAGUCAAUCAAAAUCAGUCACAAAUUUGCAUUUGAUAAUCGUCAAUAAUUGUCAUUAUCAUUUUAUCCUACAGGCCAUUUAUUUUUUGAGUGUGCACACCAUACAAAUGUAUAAAGAUUUGACAGCUUGAUGGUUGUUAGCAAAUUAUUUUACAAAAAUGCAAAUCGAUUUCACUCACAAGAUACGUGUCACCCUAAAAACAAAAUACAUCACUGAAUGGGAAU